GAUUUGAGGAAGAUAUGUUCUGUCUGCUUCCGAACAUAUCGUUCCACCGAGACGCAGACAUCACCUGAUGCUGCAAUAUCGAAUGUUGUUGGCGUGAGUAGCACGGCAAUUAUCACGCCCCUUAGCUAGCGGCAUAUUCCCUUUUCUAGGGCUCAAUUUGACCUCGGGACAUUUGGCUUUCCGUCUCUUCGUUCAUACUGCCGUAAAACAUAGACUGCAAUGUCAUGACCAGCCGCCGCCGGAUCUUUCUCUUUCUCCUAGUCACGGCGCUCGUCCCCAUCACAGCAGUGCUAUAUCACCGUCUCACAAGCACACCCGCUUCCACAUCACCACCACCACAGGCACCACUACCCCCCGCAACCGCCCCGGCCAUGCCCCCGACCCCGCACGCCCUGUCGGGCGCCGCGGCCCAGCAGAGCCCCGUCAUCGUCGUGGGCGCCGGCCUCGCCGGCCUGUGCGCCUCGCACGCCGCCCUACGCGCCGGCGCCCCCGCGGUCCGCCUGCUCGAGCGGGCCGCCCGGCCAGGCGGCAACAGCAUCAAGGCGUCGUCGGGCAUCAACGGGGCGCCGACGCGGUGGCAGGCAAAACAACAGCAGCAACAACGACAACAGGGACAGAAGAAGAAAGGGGUCGGUGAGGGGGAAGGGGAGAAGGACACGUACUUCUUCGCCGACACGAUCCGGUCCGCCGGCUCGCGCCUGUCCGCCGCGCCGGCGGCCGCGCGCGCCGACCGCGAGGCCCUCAUCGCGCGCCUAACGGGCUCGUCGGCCGCGGCGGUCGAGUUUCUCGCCGACGACGUGGGCGUCGACCUGAGCGUCGUGGCGAGGCUGGGCGGCCACAGCUUCGCGCGCACGCACCGCGGCGCCGGGAAGACGCCCCCCGGCGCCGCCAUCGUGCUCGCCAUGCUGGAGAGGCUGAGGGACGACCCGCGCUUCGAGCUGAUGACCGGGUGCGAGGUCACGAGGCUGCUGCUGCUGCGCCCGCCGCCGCCGGAGGAGGUGGGCAGCAUCGCUGGGCAGACGGCCGUCACGGGGGUCGAGUUCACUGUGAACACCACUGCCCCUCCCCAACUGGGUGCCGACGGCGAUGGUGGUAGCGAGUCCGGACCCCGUACCCUCUCGGGCCCAGUCGUCUUCGCCACGGGCGGCUUCGCGGGCGACACGCACGGCCUCCUGGCUGCCCACCGGCCCGACCUGACCGGCCUACCGUCGACCAACGACGCGCGACCCGGCGCGCACGGCCUCCUGGCCUCGGCCGGCGCGCGCCUCGUCGACAUGGACGCCGUGCAGAUCCACCCCACGGGGUUCGUGGACCCGGCGGCCCCCGGUGCGCCCGUUAAGUUCCUCGCCGCAGAGAUGCUGCGCGGCGUGGGCGGCGUGCUGCUCCGCGGGGGUAGGCGGUUCGUCGACGAGAUGCAGACGAGGGAGGUCGUCAGCCGGGCCGUUAUGGAGGGCCCGUUGGCGAUGGGCGAUGGGAAUGCGGGGACGGCUGCGCUGAGGCAGUGGGAUGUCCGGCUGGUGCUUGACUCCGGCGCGUGCGAGGCUGCGGGAGCGCAUGUUGGGUUCUAUCUUUUCAAGGGGCUGAUGGAGAAGAAGCGGGUGGGGGAUCUGGAUGAGACGACUAGGGAGACGUUGAGGGGGUACGCAAAGGUCGUGAGAGGUGAGAUGGACGAUGAGUUUGGCCGGACGACUUUUGGCCAUUGGACGUUGGGGACAAACGGCGAGGAAGAGGAUGUAGACUCCCAAGAAGUCUGCAUCGGCAGAGUAACCCCGAUCACACAUUUCACGAUGGGAGGAGCCGCCAUCAACGAGAAGGCCCAGGUUCUGGCUUCGGACUUUGGGCAGAGCUCUGGGCAGAAGCCGAUUCCCGGUCUAUGGGCGGCAGGGGAGAUCACUGGCGGUAUCCAUGGCGACAACAGGCUGGGGGGUUCAUCCCUGCUCGAGUGCGUGGUAUAUGGUCUGAUAGCUGGCGAGGAGGCGGCGAAGUCAUUGUCUAAGAAAUGACUCAAGGGACAUAUCGCCGUGGCAUUCCGGUGACUGGUAGAAGUUUGUCUGUUUGUAGAUUUUGGAAGCAUUAAAUAUAGCUAAACCACCCAAAAAGAAGGGCAACCCAGGACUCUGGCAUGCUUGAGAACGGGGAUUUCCAACAUCUGUAUCCAACCAGGCUGUAUGGUUAACUCCCAUUGACAGGAUUCCCAGUCUCCGAUCGACGGAUUUACAAUGCUUCUCGUCCUGCUAUGCCAAACGACAGCACAAAGAACCGCCCUUGGUUAGACUCCGUUUUA